GAACCCUCUCCCCCCCCCCCGAGUCCCUAGGUUUGGCUAUUCCUUUCGCCUUGCAGGACAGGAGAGAGGGAGGGAGGCUUCCUUCCUAAGGAAUUGGCUCCCUGCGGUCAGAGGACAUGUGGGACACCUCUUGGAAGUUGGAACUGAACAGGCACCAUACAACUGUACUGUACUAUUAUAGGAGUAAAACUUUCUUUCCUUGAGGGUGAGCGAGCAAAAGAGUAUGUUGUUGUUGUUGUUGAUUCCAAUUCACUUAAAUGUCCUAUUGUCCGAGGCUGAACUUUUAUGUUGCCAUGGUGGUGGUGGUGGUGAUCGUGGGGGGUGGGGGGCUCUUGUCUCAAGCAACACCUUUAGUUCUCCUGCUUGUUGGGUAUUUGUGAGCCGCAGAUGAAAAGAAUAAGCCAUUCUGAGAUAUCCAGCAUAGCAUUUUGUUUCAAAGAGUUUCCAUUUUCUGUGGGUUCAGGUUGUGGGUGAAGAGCUCUGGGUGCUGCCAAGCAGGCGCCUCCGGGAAGCCCGCAAGCUGCCCAUGGAGGUGGCUGAAUGCUCCCAAACUUUGUAAAGGUACAGGAAGGAGCAACCUAAAUGAUCAAAAGGCCAGAGGAAGCUGUAAACUCAGUAGGAUUGCCCAGGGAAACUGAAUGAUGGAGGAUUCAAGAUGCACUAAGGAAGAUACUCUCUCAUGGCACAUGUUAAAACUGUGGAAUUUGCCAACACCAUCAAAUCAUAGAAUUGUAGGGACCCCGAGAGUUAUCAGGUCCAACUAGAUCAUAAACGGCACAUGGCCACCCAACCUCUGCUUAAAAACAUCCAGGAAAGGAGAGUCUGCCACCUCUCAUGGGAGUCUGUUCCACUGUUCUGUUGAAAGCAGCCCAGAGUGGCUGGGGAAACCCAGCCAGAUGGGCGGGGUAUAAAUAAAUUAUUAUUAUUAUUAUUAUUAUUAUUAUUAUUAUUAUUAUGUCAAACAGAGCUUACAGUCAGAAAGGUAUUCAGGAUAUUUAGUCGGAAUCUCCUUCCUUGUCAUUUGAAUCCGUUUGGAUCCUGCCCUCUGGAGCUGCAGAAAACAAGCUUGUUCCAUCUUCCAUUUGAUGACAGCCCUUGAGAUACUUGAAGAUGGUUUCCAGACCCUUUGAUCAUCCUGGUCUCGCCCCUCUGCACACCUCCCUGCUUGUCAACAUCCUUCUUAAACUGGGGUGCCCAGAACUGGGCACAGGUCUCCAGGUGUGGCCUGGCCAAGGCGAGUGGGAUUAUUCCUUCCCUUGAUCUGGGCCCUAGACUUCUGUUGAUGCAGCCUAGAAUAGCAUUACCUAGCUUUUUUUGCUGCUGCAUCACACUAUGGACUCGUGUUAAGCUUACAGUCUGCUAAGACCCCUGGAUCCUUUUCACAUGUACUUCUUGCAAUCCAGGUGUCCCUCAUCUUACAUUUGCGCAGCUGGCUAUUCUUCUGCCAAAGUGUAGAACCUGACAUUUGUCCCUGUUGCAAUUCAUUUUGUUAGAUUUGGCUCAGUUCACCAAUCUGUUAAAUUCAUUGUGAACCCCAAAUCUAUCUUCACUGGCAUUGGCUACCACUCCCCAUUUAUUGUCAUCUGCAAAUUUGAUUAGCAUCCCCUCAGGUCCUCCAUCCAAGUUGUUUAUAAAGAUGUUGAACCACAACAGGCCCAGGACAGGACCCCACAUCACCCCACUUGUCACUGUUUCUGUGAUGACAAGUAACUUUUAUCAGAAAAAGAAAUGAGAUUUGUCUGGAAUGACCGACUGUUUAAUUAUCUGUUCUGGCCCCAUUAGUAAGUUAACGUAGGUGUGCAGGUUUAUGUAAAAAAUAUAAAGAAGGCAAACUCUUGCCUCCGUAGAGGAGAGACCAUGGACUUUAAAACCCAAACUCAUAUGAAGUCGUUUCCCCUCCUACCACUAGGUGGCGAUGCUUCUAUGUUCUCAGUGUCCCUCUUGGUUUUCAAUUUUUAAAAAAUUCCGCCGGCAGUUUUUCGCUUGCCAGAUGUUCUCUUGCACCAUCAGGAUUUCCAAGUAGAGUGGGACUCCCUUAAAGUGCACUCAUUUCUUCUUGGGAUGAUUCUGACACACCCUCUUUGUGUGUCCUCUUUCGUCUUUUCUCUCUCUCUCCCUCCCUUCCCAGGCUAUCUAAAAUCGUCAGCUCGGCUUCAAACAAUAACCCCCAGGAUCAAAUCAAAUAAAAACCACCGAAGGUUCAGCAGUGCAUUUUAUAAGCAAACUUUUUCAGCAGGGGGCCGGUCAUAAUAAUAAUAAUAAUAAUAAUAAUAAUAAUAAUAAUAAUAAUAAUAAUAAUGAACGAAUUCUUAUGCCCCACAAAUAACCCAGAGAGAUGCAUUUUAAGUAAAAGGACACAUUCUACUCAUGUAAAAACAUGCUGAUUCCUGGACCGUCCAUGGGCCGGAUUUAGAAGGUGAUUGGGCCAGCAGAUUGUGAUCUGCCGGUAGAUUGCUGGACGUCUGAUCACUGGUAGAUCAUUGGCUCCCCCCAAAGAAGCUGAACAACUGUGGCUCCCCUAAAAAAAAGCUCAACAUUUUACCUCCUACCUGGAAAAACUCAACAACUUUGACCCGAACCCCAAAAAAGGGGGUAAAUCACUGCCAGAUUUUAACUCUGUGAGUAGAUUGCAAUCUCUUGGGAGUUGGCCACCCCUGGUCUAACCCAACCUCCUUCAAGGCAGGGGUCUCAACACGUCCCCCCAUCCAGUUUGAAACCAUACCAGGCCCUGCUUACCUUUGCAAAUGCGCUGCUGAAAAAAGUAAGAGCCGCUCAAUAGAGACUGGGGUGAUCGGAGGGGGAGUGUGUGGGGAUGCCACCAGCCUGGGUGGCUCUAAAAAGGAAUUAAGGGGAAACAAUGGAAAGGGUUGUCAAUAACUAGUAGUGUUGGGGGCAACCUGCCUUUGAAUAAUACCAGUUCCUGGGAAUCCCAGGUGGGGAGAGUGGCUCUCAUGCUCAGGUCCUGCAUCGGAACAAAAUAAAAAAAUCAAAAUAUUUCUUCCAGUAGCACCUUAGAGACCAACUAAGUUUUGUGUGCAUGCACACUUCUUCAGAUACACUGAAACAGAAGUCAUCAGACCGUUGUAUAUAGUGAGAGGGUGGGGAGGGGUAUUACUCAGAAGGGUGGUGGGAAUGGGUGAUUGGCUGAUAGGUGUGGUAAACUGAUGACUGCAAUUGGUCUUACAGGAAAAAGCAAGGGGUGAGAUAGCUAAAAAAGCCUUAUCAUGUAUAAUGAGAUAAGAAUCCAAUGUCUCUAUUCAGACCAGGUCCAUGGUUUUAAGUUUGGUAAAAAGUUGUUAUUCAGCAACUUCUCUUUCCAGUCUAUUUCUGAAAUUCUUUUGUAAUAAGACAGCUACCUUGAGAUCUUGUAUAGAAUGUCCUGGGAGAUUGAAGUGUUUUCCGACUGGUUUCUCUGUCUUGUGAUUCCUGAUGUCAGAUUUAUGUCCAUUUAUCCUUUGGCGUAGGGUUUGGCCUGUUUGUCCAAUAUAGAGAGCUGAAGGGCACUGUUGGCAUUUGAUGGCAUACACAAUGUUAGAAGAUGAGCAAUUAAACAGUCCUGAGAUGGUAUGUUGGAUGUUGUUGGGGCCAGUGAUGGUGUUGUCCGGGUGUAUGUGGCAGCAAAGUUGGCAUCUGGGUUUAUUGCAGGCUCUGGUACCAGUGUCCAUGUUAAGUCUGGUGGUGGUAUUAUUGUGGGUGAGGAGUUGUUUAAGAUUGGGUGGCUGUCUUGAGGCAAUGAAAGGUCUUCCUCCCAGAGCUUGAGAAAGGGAGCUGUCAUUGUCUAGGAGAGGCUGUAGAUCUCUGAUGAUGCGUUGUACUGUUUUAGCUUGGGAGCUGUAUGUAAUUACUAAUGGUGUUCUGUUAUUUUCUUUUUGGGGUCUGUCUUGCAGCAAGUUCUCUCUGGGUAUCAGUCUGGAUCUGUUGUUUAACUUCAUUGGGCUGAUAUUUUAGUUCUAAUAAGGUUUGCUGUAGGUCCUGUUGUUGGCUUUCUGUAAUGGGAAUCUGCUUGGCCACUCCCAGAACAGGAUGCUGGGCUGAAAUGGGCUCCCUUUGGCCCCUGGUCCCACUGAAGGGUUCUUCAAUUGACAUCCCUUUCCUACUGCUUCUCCCCGGAGAGCCAGGCUCAGACGCCACUUGACCAUGAAGCUUGCUGGUGGUCUUGGGUCAUUCGUUCGUAAUAGUAAUAAACGUUGCCCUCACUGGGCGUGUCGCUUUGCAGAAUACAAGAGGGCAGGAUUCUGACCUGCGGGGUUGGGUGUGUGUGUGUGUGCGCGUGUUCACGUUCCUGAAAUCAACAGGGGGGUUAGGCAUUGCUUGAUCCCAGGCCCUGAACUAACUUUUGCAGGAAAGAAGUCUGAGAAACCGAGGUAGAUAGGGGUGACGAGAGAUGAAGUUCCAGAGGCAAAAUUAAUAGGCGAUAGACAGACUAAUAGACAAAAUUUAAAACUGACCAAUUGCUGGGUCCAGAUGAGAGUUCUUAAAAGAACUCAGAAAUUGCUGAUCUUCGAGCAAAAAUACUUGCCCCUAUGAUCAGCCUCUACUGGAAAGUAGCCACCCUGUAAGUCCAGUUUUUAGAAGGCGGUCCAGGGGGAUCGUGGCCAUUACAGGCCGGUAGCUUAGUGUCUGAUCCAGGAAAACGGGCGGAAAUGAUUGUUAAAGAUUUGAAAAGCAUAUACAGUAGAAGAAAAAUCUUCCUGAAGCAGAAGCAGCAUGCCUUCUACAAGAGCAAGUCCUGUCUCACAUAUUUCUUACAGUUCUUUGAGAGUGUCAGCAACCAUAUAGAUAUAGAGACAUAGCCUUCUCCUCCUCCAUGAAUUUGUCCAAUCCUCUCUUAAAACCACCUGCCUCCUGUCGGAGCAAGUUCCAUUGGUUAACUACAGGUGAAACUUGGAAAAUUAGAAUAUCGUCGAAAAGUGCAUUUAUUUCAGCAAUGCAACUUAAAAGAUGAAACCAGUAUAUCAAAUCAAAUCAAUAACCUUUAUUAGGCAUGACAAAUUCAGAAGCUUCAGAACAAAAUUAUGAGUAAAACAUUCACAUUAUAAACUUCAUGAAAUAAAAUACAUAUUAAUUGAUUUAGUAUUUUAGAGCAAUAUAUCAAUUUUCAAUUAGCAUCCCCUGGUCCUCUCCACAGUGGCCCAAUCUCUCUGCGUGAACCGAGCACAAAAACUCAGCCACCACUAAAGUAACUACAUCAUUAUUAUCUGACAAUAACCCCAUAAUAGUUGGCAUUGCUGCGAUCGAUGCAUCCACCUGCAAAGCAUCCAGCAAUCGUCUUCUCGCAUUAAUACUGUAAUUACAGGAAAAGAAAAUGUGGUCCAAUGUAUCUGGUUCAUUCUUCCCGCAUUUACAUAAACGUUCGGCUUUUGGGAGAGCUAGAUAUCGAAACCAGUAUAUGAGAUACAUGCAUGACAUGCAAAGCAAGAUAUGUCAAGCCUUUAUUUGUUGUAAUUGUAAUUAUUUGUCGUUAGGCGGGUCAGUUAUAAAUGGAAUGUAAUUAAUGAAAUGUAAUAGCGAUGUUUAUUUUUGCAUUAUUGAAACUAUUUGUUUUAUUACUGUGGAAUUUCCAAAAGAAAGCAUUUGUAAAAAGUAAAUAAUAAUAAUAAUAAGUUGCAUUACUGAAAUAAAUGCACUUUUCGACGAUAUUCUAAUUUUCCAAGUUUCCCCUGUAUGUGCUGCAUGAAGAAGUCCAUUCUUUUUUUCCUUUUUUUUUGCCUGUCCUAAAUCUCCCUGCAUUCGGCUUCUUUGGAUGCCCAGGAGUUCUAGUGUUGUGUGUGUGUGUGUGGGGGGGGAAUCUUUCCUCUCCACUUUCUCCAUGCCAUUCAGAACUUUAAACUUCUAUCUUGCCAUAGAAUGGUAGACUUGGAAAGGAACCCCAGGGAUCAUCUAGUCCAACCCCCUCCAAUGCAGGGAUCUCAACUAAAGCAUCCAAGGCAGGUGUCCACCCAGCUUCUUCAAGGAAGGAGAGGGUUUUGUCUAAACUUAAAAGCCCCAAGCGCAGCAACCUUCUACAAGGCAGGAGCCAGUUUUGUGUGGUUCCUGACUUCCCAGCCCCAUGCCAUCGGCCUAUGGCCAGGUGAACUACAGCCAUGUGUCUGGGCAGGCUCCCCACUGGAGCGCAUCGACGCCAACCCCCUGCUCUGUCUCUUCUUCCAGAGAGUUUCUCCGAUGUGAAUUGAGCCGUGGAGGUCGUGUCGUGGGGGGCCCCAAGGCCAAGCAGCCUUCUGGGGAAAUCGCCCGCGGCUUCUGGCCAUACGGGGCUCCGGGAGCAGCACCGGGAGGAUUGCUCGUGUCAGACAAGGAGGCCGACUCUUCCUCCCCUCCCGCCGGGCUCUUGGCUUUGCCGGUGACCUCCACCCCCCUGUGGCUGCUGACAAGGGGGCGGCGUGCUGUGGGGCUGCUGCUGGGGUGAGCAUCUGCCCUGAGAUCUACAGGUUCCCUGCUGUUGAGAUUGGACUUCCCAACCUGAGGGGGUGAUCCAGGGCGGAUCCUUGUUAAGCUAUAACGCAGGUUUUUGGGGAAGAGAAGAAAGAAGACGAGAGCCAGAGGAAAGUCAGCCCAGGAGCGGCAGAGAUGGCAGCCGAGACACUGAACUUUGGGCCAGAGUGGCUCCGCGCUCUCUCCAGUGGCGGGAGUGUCGCUUCCCCCCCACCCUCCCCUGCCAUGCCAAAGUACAAGCUAGCUGAAUACCGAUACGGGCGGGAAGAGAUGUUAGCACUUUACGUGAAAGACAACAAGGUCCCGGAGGAGAUCCAGGAUAAAGAGUUCUCUGCCAUUCUCCAGGACGACCCUCUGCAGCCUCUGGCGUUGGUUCCCUUAACGGAAGAGGAGCAGAGGAACUUCUCCAUGUCUGUGAACAGUGUUGCAGUGCUAAGGCUGAUGGGAAAGGGAGGCGGGGCUGCCCCGGCCGGAGUCUCCCGGGGGAGAGGCAGCACGCGGAGCCGAGGCCGUGGCCGUGGCGAGAGUGGCUUUUACCAAAGAAGCAUUGAGGAGGCAGAAGGGGCAUUUGGCCGCGGUGGGGUCCGCGAGAUACACCGCAGCCAGAGUUGGGAUGACCGAGGAGAGCGACGGUUUGAGAAGCCCAUCCGACGGGAAGGAGGUACAGUGGAUUUCCCACCUAGAUCACAAGCACGGGCUCCGUUUGAGGAAGUGGUUCCCCCGGGACGCAAGGAGUUUGCCCGCUCGGACAGCGACAACUGGCGCACCCUCCGAGAGGAGCACGAGGAGGAGGAAGAGGGCAGCAGCGGUGGUGCUGUGGCCGUGGCGGGGGUCAGCUGGCGGCAGAGUGGAGGCCCCCGGCGGGAGAGUGAGCGCUGGCGGUCUGCUAGCCCAGACGGAGGAGGCCCUCGGUCCGCGGGGUGGCGGGAGCACGGCGGAGAGGGGCGCCGGCGGAAGUUCGAUUUUGACUUCCGGGAGCGGGAGGAUGAGCCGCGGAGUGGGCGCCGGCACCGGCACAACAGCGACGGCUUCGAGGACGACAAGGAUGGCCUCCCCGAGUGGUGCCUGGAGGACGAGGAAGAGGAGAUGGGGACGUUCGACUCCUCCGGGGCCUUCAUGUCCCUCAAGAAGAGCCCCAAAGAGCCGAUCCUUGAGGAGCAGGAGUUAAGCUUCCAGCCCCUGCAAGAAGAGGAGGAGGAGGAGGAGGAGGAGCUGCCGGAGGCCAAGGAUGGCGACAGGAGAGAGGGCGGGGAGGUCCCUGCCAGCCCCACGGCCAAGGAGGGGCCGGAGAGAGAAUGGAAGGAGCCCCGGCAAGGGCCGGAGGAGAAACUGCCUGCUCCUCCUGGUGCCCCGUGGCGAACGGGCCCCUCUUUCCCCACUGCUACUGCCCCCGUGGGUGAAUGCGAGAGUGUCUCAUCGAAAGUGGAGGUCUCAGGGCUGGUGCCUGGUGGCAACAAAGAGAAGGAAGCUCUCGAUGGGGAUCCGUGCCUCCUCAGCCACCCGUCACAGCUCAACCCCGCUGCUGUGGCUGCCCUUCCCACGCCGGCGUCCUCGUCCGCAACUGCUGCUGCUGCUACUACUGAAUUCACAGUUGGGGACAACGAGGAUGAGGACGGGAUGAAGCACCUGCAGCAGGAAGCGGAGAAGAUGGUGGCUUCCUUGCAGGACAGCUCUCUGGAGGAGGAACACUUCACCCAGACCAUCGUGGACCACCGCAACACGGCCGCCGCCUUGCCGCUCUCCCACGAGGCAGCCAUGAAGUGGUUCUACAAGGAUCCCCAGGGGGAGAUCCAAGGCCCCUUCACGACUCAAGAGAUGGCCGAGUGGUUCCAGGCCGGCUACUUCACCAUGUCCCUGCUGGUGAAGAGAGGCUGCGACGAGGGCUUCCAGCCGCUGGGCGAAGUCAUUAAGAUGUGGGGAAGAGUGCCUUUCGCUCCGGGUCCAUCGCCACCCCCCUUGCUGGGAAACAUGGACCAGGAGCGCCUGAAGAAGCAGCAGGAGCUGGCGGCCGCUGCCCUCUACCAGCAGCUCCAGCACCAACAGCUGCUUCAGCUCGUCAACAGCAGGCAGUAUGCCCAGUGCUCCCUCCAGCAGAAGGUGGCUGCCGGGGACCUGACACAGCAGCAGCUCACCACCUUCCUGCAGCAGCUGCAGGCUCUCAAGCCAAGAGCCGGGGAGCAGGGAAUGAUUCCUUCUAUGAACCGAUCAAUAUCUGUGCCAGACACCGGGUCCCUGUGGGACACACAUACCUCAGCCUCACCGCAAGCAGGUGACAACUCGAGCCUCUGCGGUGAGACCAGCUUAUGGGAUAUUCCAAUUAAUUCUUCAACUCAGGGUCCAAUCUUAGAACAACUUCAACUGCAACAUAAACUACAAGAGCGGAGAGGCGCCGAACUCAGGGCUAAGAGGGACGAGGACGAGCGGAAACGGCGCCAGGAGGAGCAGAAGCGCCGCGAGGAGGAGGAGGUGUUCCGGCGCAAGCAGGCAAGGGCAGCGAGCGCCAGCACAGCCUCCCAUGCGCAGCUGCCCUCUUCCUCGUCCUGGGGCCAGCAGUCGGUGAACAGCUCUUCCUCCACCCAGAACAGCUUCAGCAUCUCAGACAUCCAGAAGCUGGGGGACGUGCGGGCCUUGCGGGAAGAGUGCCGCCACCAGGAGCUUCUGAAGCUGAUCCAGCAGCAGCAGAACUCUCACCCGCUGUGGACCAAGCAGAACGUCUCCAUGAAGGCCCUGCUGGAGCUACAGCAAGAGAGCGAGAGGCACAUGCAGAAGCAGCAGCAGAGGGCGCAGCAGAGAGCCCACGGCGGCCACAGUCUGACCAGCCUCCCGUCGCAGUGGGGGGCUGACUCGAGCCCCCUAUGGGGGGCCCACGAGAAGAACAGCUCCAUCAACCUCUGGGAGGAGAGCAUGAAGAACGCCAGCCCCCUCGCCAGGAGCCUAGGCUUGAAGAACAGCCGCAGCAGCCCGUCCCUGGGGGACACGUACAACGCCUCCUGUCGGCAGAGCCGGAAGAAGACGGACGAGGAGGAGAAACUGCUGAAGCUGCUUCAGGGAAUCCACAAGCCGCAGGACGGUUUCACGCAGUGGUGUGAGCAGAUGCUUCAUGCCCUCAAUACCUCCAGCAACCUUGAUGUCCCCACUGUGGUAGCCUUCCUGAAGGAGGUCGAGUCCCCCUAUGACGUCCACGACUGCAUCCGCUCCUACCUGGGAGACACGGUGGAAGCCAAAGAGUUCGCGAAGCAGUUCCUGGAGCGCCGUGCCAAGCAGAGAGCCAGUCAGCAGCGCCAGCAGCAGCAGGAAGCGUCCUGGCUGAGCUCCAGCAGCCUGCAGUCCCUCUUCCAGUCCAACCACAGCCCCAAGGCCCCCUCCUUCGAGAACAGCCAAGCCGCCAAGAUCAAGAGGCGCCCGAUGAUGCUCCACGCAGACCCCAGCAUCCUGGGUUAUGCUCUUCACGGCUCCUCAAGCGAGCUGGAAACGGUGGAGGACUACUGACUCACAGCAAUAGGAAUAUCUCUUCCUUUUCAUCUCUCUGUGUUUCUCUGUAUAUCUCUUCUCUCUCUCUAUCUCUCUCUCUGUAUCUCUGCCGCUGCUGCCUUGAUCUAACCAAUUUCAGUCUCGGCUGAAUGUGCACUGCAAGAGAGGCGGCCAGGUGGCCCCCACCCCCAUCAUCACCCCCCCUUCCCCUCCUGGACCGGAGGUAGGAGGUCGUGGGGAGGGAGCGGUCAGUGGCGGCAACGGCAACGGUCAGUUGGACACCGGCCAGGAGGAGGAUGUUACGCACUUCUUUCCUUACGAGAAAAACAAAAAACAAAAAUAAGCACCUUAACGAACAAAAACGUUUUUUUUCAUGCCAAUGCACUUUAUCUAAAAAAGAAAAAAAGAACUUUUUUUUACAGUGGACUUGUUAAAAACUCAAAAGGAAAAAGGAAAAAAAAAGGAAAAAAAAGAUUUUUUGUUUUUGCAAUUGCAGAAGAUUUUUUUUCUAUAUACACAUAUAUAUAUAAAGAAAAUCGUUAAAAACCUACAAAAAUUUUUAUCUUUGAAAAGAAAACACUUAUUUUUCACACGGGGAUAAGUUUUCAAAAAACAAAAACAAAACGUGAAUGGCAAUUUCACAAAAGGCUUGAUAUAAAAAAAGAUUUAUAAGACAAAAAAAAGAAAAACUUGAAGAAAUGCACUUAGAAAAAAAGGAACUGUGUUUUUUUUUACCAUUGUUUCGAUAACUAUAUAUAUAUAAAUAUAAAUAUAUACAUUUGUGUAAAUACUGUUCAGACUUGCCCCGCACAGUAUAUAUUUUCUCUUACGAAGAGGCCAUUUUUUAUAAGAAUUCUUUCUGUUCUUCUUGUCGUCAUUUUUUUAAAAAGAAAAUUGCACAAAUGCCUACCCUCCCCCCCUCCCACCUUCUGGACGUUACAAUUCUAUCUGUGUUUUUUUUUGUGGUUGUUGUUUUUUUAUAAUCAAAGGGAAAAAAGGAGAAGAAAAAAAAGAACUUUGCAAAAAGAGUAAUUUUACACUAACGACGAAGCGGGUUUUUUGCUCGUACCAGAAGCUGCUUUGCAAGCUCGACCCCGAGAUUCCUUCUCACUCGUUGGCUCCGAAAACCAUCUCCUGGCUUCUUCCAAGGAAUCUCGCAAAGCGAAGCAGGCACGCCCCCCCUUCUUUUCUUCAUCCCCAAUGCCGCCUUUUUCAAAAUCUCCCCACCUGCGAAUUACCUUACAGACUUUCCCUUUCGUUUGUGCUACAGCUCCUCAGAAGGCGACGAGUGUUUUUUCCCCCCAGCGACUGUUUUGCAUGUCCGCAUGAAGACGCACUUUUUUCCGUUCUGAGAUAUAAGGAGAGGAAGGGAAGCUCCGAAGGGAGGGGGCGCAUUGUGAGUCUUCUGGGGGGUUUUGUGCGUUUGCGUGCGUUUUUGUUACGUUCCCUAUCCUCCUGCCCACCUCCCAUUCUUCCCUAUUUUCCCCCGUGUACACAGUUGAGAAUCAAAUCGUUAAUUGAAAGUGUUGUUCUCUCUCCCCCCCCUUUUGUUGUUUCGAGGAGAAAAAGACCUGAGUUAUUUACCGACGUCAACUUAGGAAACUCUCUCCCUGGUGCACUCAGAGCAGAAUUGAAUGUAUUGCAUCCUCGGGCGACAAUUUCGAAGCUGCAGAGCCACGCUUAUUCUCCCCCCCCUCUUUGUGUGUCUCCCCCCUCCCCAAAAAAGCUGCCUGUUACAAGAUGGUGUUUGAUGAAGAGCAACAAAAGCGCUGUUUGUAAGGGGGGGUGGGGGGCGAGCGAGCGAGCUUCCUUCUUAAAAUCUCACUUUAAAACAAGGAUGCCACCACCAAUGUCUUCUUCGUGGUCUCUCACUCUCAGGAGAGCCUGCGUUUUUAAGACUAAACUCUUCCCCCCUCCACACACACACACACACACACACACACACACACACCGAUUUAGGGAGCAGAUGUAGCGGAGUGUGUGUAUAGUAUAUUUACAGAUGAUAACCUUUUAUAUCAUUCAUAUAUAUAUAUAUAUAUA